GGAAGCCCAGCUCGGCCUGCUGCAGAGCCAUGGUGCGGCUGAGCGCAGACCUCAUCGCCAGGUGCCUCAGUCACAGGAACCGCAGGGAGGAGGACUUGGGACAGCACCUGCGAAAAAUCACUCACCUGAAUUUAUCAGAUAAAAAUCUGGAUGCAAUCGGUGACAUCUCUUUGUGUAGAAACCUUAGAGUUUUGUAUUUAUAUGACAACCAAAUCAGUCAAAUCCGGAACUUGGGCUUUGCUUCACAUUUAACACACCUUUACCUGCAGAACAACCGUAUUUCAUGCAUAGAAAAUCUCUCAUCACUGAAAAAUCUCGAAAAACUGUAUCUGGGGGGCAACUCUAUUGCUGUAGUAGAGGGUUUGGAUCAAUUAAAAGAAAUAAGGGAGCUACAUAUUGAAAGUCAACACCUCCCCCCUGGCGAAAAGCUUCUCUUUGAUCCAAGAUCCCUCAGGUCCUUGGCAAAAUCUUUGUCUGUGUUGAAUAUUAGCAAUAACAACAUCGAUGCGUUAGAAGAACUGGCAGUUCUGGAAAAUCUUUCUCAUCUAAGAGCAGCUGACAAUCAACUUCAACAUAUGAAGGAUUUGGAGGUUGUGUUAAAGAAAUGGACAAAGCUUUGCAGCAUGGAUCUUACAGGAAACCCCGUCUGCCACAAACCAAAAUACAGGGACAGGAUUGUUGUACAGUCACAAACUUUAGAAUCCCUUGAUGGGAAAGAAAUUAAAGAAAUGGAAAGACUGUUCCUAAUGAAUUGGAAAGCCUCCAGAGCUGCCAGGAAAAAAAGCAAAGGAAGAAUGACAAAUGAACAUGCAGACUAUCUACAUUUUUCUGACUUUGAAACACCUCAUCCUAUUCUUCCCUUUAACUAUAGUGUAUCUCUGAAAGAAAAAACAAAUAUUUUAAUUCUGUCUGAGAUGCAGAAAGACAGAAGUAAUCCUCUGCCAAGGACUGUGGAAAAAAAAUAAAUCAGAGGGAAACUCAGGUUGAGGAGGAAUCUGACGUAAUGGCAGAACCAAGCUGUAUUCUAAAAGUCAGAAGUUACAGGAUGCGCAGUUGGCUAUCAUUGGAUUUUUUUUUUCUUCUCGAAACUAAAAAAGAAAGUUACUGACAUCUAUUUGAAUAUGUUAUCUGUGUCUUUAUAAUCUAAAAACCAGACAAAAUUAAGUAUGUUGAACUUAACACUGCCUAACAAGAGCAUUCCAAAAUGUGAGGUGACUGCCGAAUUAUUUAGAAGCAAUAUUCUGUGUUGUAAGCAUGUCAAAAUAUUAGUACUUAGUGGACUGAAGAAGCUGUCUUUUUCUUAACCUUCCUCAGGAUAUAAGUUGCCUUUAACCAGUGUCUGAGGUUACUUCCACGUAUGAUACUCGUAACAAUUAUGCAGAGGCGUGCUAAUAGUCCUGCACUUCAAGAAGAAAAGAGCAAUCAGCUCAUGAUGCGUGAGAAGAUUCACGGUCCUAAAAAGUCAUUUCCACAAUUUGGAUUUUUCCAGUUUCUGGUAAAUGAUGUGAAAUAGUUAGAAAAAAAAAGCUCAACAAGAUUGAUGCUAUAUCUGUACUGAUGAAUUAUGGAAUAGAGAAUAUUGCCCAUUAAUUUGACUUCAGCUUCUGCUUUAUGUAGCUGGGACUUGAGUUUGGCUGCUUUGCACUGGCUUGAGUCAUUAGAUGAGCGCUCCAGUCUUCAGAUACAGGAGAACUCCAAACCUACAGAUUAGGAAAGUAUGGACUGCAAAUUGCCCCUGGAAUGGAACCUUGCCUAAUGGAGUUUGUGCUUGUCUUGUGCUUGAGACUCUCUCUGAAAUAAGGAAGAAAUCUCCCCUGAAUUAGAAAAUUAGCAUCUGUCUUUUUACAUUCAGUGUUUUGUGUAUUUUGUUGUCAUUUAUAUUUUAUUGUCUUCUGAUAAAUGUAAUUCAAACAAAUUUAA